CGUAAUCAGUUCGUCAGAUCCGGGCAAGGAAUAAUUCGGAGUAAAGAUGGCGGCAGUUACAACAUUGAGGGGUUCAUUCACUUUUAUGAGACGCUUGCUGUCUGCACACCACUAUAAGCACUGCUGCUCUCGGCUCCAGAUGAUUCGACCAGAAUACAGGCUCAGUCACUCAUCUCUCCAUGUCCCCCAACAGUAUAGGUGUUUUAGAACAAGCUAUGUCAAGACAGGUCCCAUUUUGCAGUUCAAACUGUCAGAUAUUGGGGAGGGGAUCAUGGAGGUCACUGUGAAAGAAUGGUAUGUGAAGGAGGGGGACAAGGUUUCUCAGUUUGACAGCAUAUGUGAAGUACAGAGUGACAAGGCAUCGGUCACGAUCACCAGCCGCUACGAUGGUGUGAUCCGAAAGCUCUACUACGAUAUUGACUCCAUUGCACUCGUCGGCACCCCGCUCGUCGACAUUGAAACUGAUGCUGGCCCGGAGGUAGCCCCAGAAGAAGAUAUAGUAGAGACACCGGCAAUGGCGCAAGAUGAGCACACCCACCAGCAAAUCAAGGGACAUAAGACCCAGGCAACGCCUGCAGUCCGACGCCUGGCCAUGGAGAACAAUAUCAAGCUGAGCGAGGUGGUGGGGACAGGGAGGGACGGGCGCAUCCUGAAAGAGGACAUCCUCAACUUCCUGGCCAAGCAGACGGGGGCCAUCCUGCCCCCCUCCCCGUUCCAGGAGAUUCAGCCGCCCCCACCUGCAGCCGCUGCAGGACCACCUCCUGCCAAGCCUAAAGAGAAAGUGCCCCCACCGAGCAUCCCCCAACCCGUGGCCCCGAGACCAGUGUUCACUGGCAAGGACGUCACCGAACCUCUCAAAGGUUUCCACAAAGCAAUGGUGAGAACCAUGACUGCCGCCUUAAAGAUCCCACACUUUGGUUACUGCGACGAGGUGGACCUGACAAAGUUGGUUCACCUGCGCUCGGAGCUGAAAGACCUGGCCGAGUCCCGUGGCGUCAAGCUCAGCUACAUGCCUUUCUUCAUGAAGGCAGCAUCCUUGGGGCUGCUGCACUUCCCCAUCCUGAAUGCCUCUGUGGAUGAGAACUGCCAGAACAUCACCUACAAGGCGUCCCACAACAUCGGCUUGGCCAUGGACACGGCGCAGGGCCUGAUCGUGCCCAAUAUCAAGAACGUGCAGCUGCUGAGCGUCUUCGACAUCGCCCUGGAGCUCAACCGGCUGCAGACUAUGGGCUCCACCAGCCAGCUGGGCACUGCCGACCUCACAGGGGGCACCUUCACCAUCUCCAACAUCGGCUCGAUUGGUGGCACGUAUGCAAAGCCAGUGAUCCUGCCCCCAGAAGUGGCGAUUGGAGCCCUGGGGAAGAUCCAGGUGCUGCCCAGGUUUAACGCCAAGGGCGAGGUGGCGAAAGCGCAUAUCAUGAACGUCAGCUGGUCCGCUGACCACCGGAUUAUAGACGGAGCGACCAUGUGCCGCUUUUCUAACAUGUGGAGGGCUUAUCUGGAGAACCCCGCCUCCAUGGUCCUGGACCUCAAAUGAGCACACAGCACUUCCGAAGCCCCAGGUGUGAAACUGACGAUUAUGUAGUGCCGUGAAACUGACCCUCCUGGGUGCUGUUGCCGCUGGCUCCUGAAUUCUGUUUUUUCUAUUCCCACUCUCCCCCCCCCCCCCUUGCUGCUGUCCUGGAUGGCUGCACAUUGCAAGGACGUUGUAGCAUUUGCAGUCACGUGAAGAAAGUCGACAGCAGGGUCAUUCCUUCCUUUUCUGUGUGUUCACUUUGAGUCCUUUUCUCCCUCAUCAUUGCCUUACUAAACUGACAGGAGAUGGUUACAAAAGAAAGCUAAAUGAUCUGAGAACGUUUGGUUGUGGAGAAAGCGUACCCUCCCCUGAUAGCAAGCUGAAAUCCUGUGGACGGGAGUUGGUCCGUGCUAAAUGCACACAGUCAUUAGGAGGUGUUCUCUAAACACUACAACAUUUCAGGCACAAGGAUAAAGUUCCAGGACAGUGCUCUGCUUUGUGCUGAAUGGGGUUAGAAUGAAAAUCUCUGACACCUGGGGAUAUGAACAGUUACUGUACAGAAGGUCAUGUAACAACGAUUUCUAGUUUGUUUGAGCAAUUUGUAUGUUUCUAAGGUACUGCUUUUGUAGUGCUCUGUAUUUCAUUAGAACCCAUUGCUUUCCACACUGUCUGGAUAUGUCCUUAAGAUUGCUAACGGAGAAUGUGGUUAAGUUAAGGGUAGAACAUUUGUAUUACUAGGUCGUUUGGGGAUAAUGGGAAGUUAUUAUGCAUUACUGGUGUUUAGUGGAGUCUGUGCUACUUGCAGAGACAAAUACCAUUACAGGAUUACCCAAUAACCAAGAGCGACUGGUCAGGUUUUCUGGUGUGGAUCUUGAAGAAUAAAGAAAAAAGUUUUAAUAAAACUGGUGUGUACGUGAUCAUCAUAUCGCUUGUCCUCAUUCAUGAUGUGACAUUGUGUAAUAAAAAAUAAACCUUGACUCUGUACUUAAAUAU